AUGAUUAUUACAGAUACUCUUUCAAAUUUUUUUUCAAAAAUAAAAAAUGGAUUUUUAGCUAAAAAAUAUAAAAUAACUCAAUAUAAAUCUAAACAAAUUAUAAAUAUAUUAAAUAUAUUAAUUAAAGAAGGUUUAAUUAAAAGUUAUAAAGUUUCUAAAAAAAAAAAUAUUAUUUACAUAUAUUUAAAAUAUAAAAAUAAUAUAUCAAUAAUCUCUAAAAUUAUUAGAAUUUCUAAACCAAGUAAACGUAUAUAUAUUAAAAAUAAAGAUUUAUUUAAAAUCAAAAAAAAAGGUAUAUAUAUAUUAUCUACAUCUUACGGUGUAGUUACUGAUUUGCAAGCAAAAAAACUAAAUUUAGGUGGAGAAUUAAUAUGUAAUAUAUAUUAA